AUGAGCCAGCAGAACACUGUGGAGGGGGGAUUCGAUCUUUCAUCUGGCGUAUCAGACAAGAAAGAAUGGGUAUUCAACUUACAAGAAGUUAUACCAACUGGACAUAAACGAACAGUGAGAUCUGUUGCUUGGUCUCCGAACGGCGAAGUACUUGCAACUGCAUCGUUCGACAGCACAGUAGGCCUGUGGGAGCGCAUACCAGAAAAUAUCCGAGCCGAAGAAGGCUCAGAUGGACCCGAAUGGGAGUGUUUCGGGACGCUGGAGGGCCAUGAUAGUGAGUGCAAGAGUGUAGCUUUCAGCUAUAAUGGCAAUCUUCUCGCCAGCUGUGGGCGUGACAAAUCAGUCUGGGUCUGGGAGGCACAGCCAGACGCUGAUUACGAGUGUAUCGGUGUUUUGAUUGAGCAUUCUCAGGAUGUCAAGUGUGUAAUUUGGCAUCCGAAAGAAGAAAUCCUGGCAUCUGCAUCAUACGACAAUACCAUCAAAAUGUACGUCGAUGAUCCAUCUUGCGACUGGUAUUGCUACACCACACUGCAAGCACACUCUUCUACAGUAUGGUCUCUAAGCUUCUCCCCCUGUGGUCAGUUUCUCGCAUCGUCUUCUGACGACAUGACUAUAUGGAUUUGGCGUCGGGUAUCCGCAGCGGAGUGCGUCGAGUUGGGUAUCCAAGCACAUGGAAACACACCUGGGCGUUCUGGAGAAAGAUGGGUGCCGACAUAUUGUAUUCAGGGUCACUUCUCCGGACCAAUAUUUAGUGUCAACUGGGCACCUGGUGAUUCCUUUGACCCAAGACAAGCCUUAGGCAAACUCGUUGCUGCAGGUGCUGAUGGUAAAAUUAUUGUAUUUUUCUUGGUACGCAUAUACGCUACUCUGCGAGGAACUUACGCAUGUGCUCAGAGCUUGGAAGACAAUAACCCAUCUAGAAUAUUUGUGCAUGUCGGUGCACAAGAAGAAAAUGCGCAUGGAAGUGUGGAUGUAAAUUGUGUGAAAUGGGCACCGAUGAAUACAGAUGGAUCUGCUCCUACAAUGAUUGCUAGUGCAGGCGAUGAUGGUGAAAUUCGUAUUUGGACAUAG